AUACUAAAAAAAAAUUCAUUGAAACUGGCAGAGUGCCAUAUCUUAAUACAAUGUUUUUUCCUUCCACUUAUAGUUAUGUGGUGAAUAUAGGAUUGAUAGACAAGUUAUGCUGCUGUUUCCUCUCCGUCCAAGGUCCUGUUGACGACAAUUCAAAAAUAGCUACUUUUCUGCAAAAUGCUACAGCAGUGUUACAUGGAAUGUGUCAGCUCUGUUUUGCUGUCAGUGGAAGGUCUUGGCCCAUAUUUGACAAUACACGUCAGGACCCCACAGGGCUAACUGCAGUUCUUCGGACUACAGACCUAGUUGGAGUCUUGCAUAUGCUAUACUGUAUUCUUUUCCAUGGCACCAUCUCAGAUUCAAACAUGGCAAGUCCUAAAGAGAGUUAUACAGAGAACACGAUCCAGGUUGCUAUUCAGAGUUUACGCUUCUUCAAUAGCUUCGCAGUUCUUGAUCUGCCAGCUUUUCAGUCUGUUGUAGGUGCUGAGGGACUUUCUCUUGCAUUCCGUCAUAUUAUCAGCUCUUUGCUGUGGUACUGUUCUCAGCAUACCUGUGAAGGACUGCUACAUGAAGUCAUUCUUUGUGUUGGGUAUUUUACUGUCAACCAUCCAGAUAAUCAGGUAAUUGUACAAUCUGGCCGUCACCCCACAGUGCUGCAAAAACUAUGCCAGUUGCCUUUCCAGUAUUUCAGUGAUCCUCGCCUAAUCAAAGUGCUCUUCCCUACGCUAAUAGCUGCUUGUUACAAUAACCCUCAGAACAAGAUCAUUCUGGAGCAGGAGAUGAGUUGUGUUUUACUUGCCACAUUCAUUCAGGAUUUCACACAGAAUUCAGGCCAAACAGAUAACCAGUCUUCUCAACAAAGGGAAAAAUUCUUCACUUCCCAAGAUUAUCUUGAGCUGUCUAACAGAUUCCCUUGCCAAGCCUGGGAAGAAGCACGACAGUUCUUCUUGAAAAAAGAGAAAAAAUAAGUGUUUCAUUUUGUUUCAAUUUUUAAAACAUCUAAUAUGUUAAUGUUAAGCAAUUUGUCCUAACUACAUACUUUAAGAAACUGUUUUGGAAACUUCUAGAUACUCUAAAUACUUAUGCUGUAGAUAUAUAUAAUUUGCACUAUUUAUGUCUUAAGUACUGUAGAUACUUUAAAGCGUUGUUUUUUAAUUUUGAAAAUUGUUUAUUUCAUUUACAUACUACAUCAUGGUUUUGGUAGCUUCUACCCUAUGAUGUGUACUUCUUGCACUGUAAAACUGCUGAAAUUAGGUUACAAAUAUAGAAAAUGUUAUCUUCUAUAUAUCUUGUAAUAAAAUAACUUAUUCUGUU